AUGGUCACACUUUUAGGGGUUUAUGAGCAAAAUAAUAGUAGUAUGCUUCAGAUUCUUAAGUCAAGUGAUAGCUCAAAGAAAAUAAGUGGUUCAGUUGUAGGCCAUAGGUAUAUAUGCAGAGAUAGAAGGCAGGGUCAUGAUAGAUUAUUUGCAGAUUAUUUUGCUGUAAAUCCAAUGUAUUCACCUACAAUAUUUCGGAGACGUUUUCGAAUGCGUCGUCCUUUGUAUCUACGAAUUUUGAAUGCAAUCCAAGCACACAAUUCAUAUUUUGUUCAAAAACAAGAUGCAGCUGAUGUAGUUGGAUUAUCUCCCCUACAAAAAAUGACUUCAGCGAUGAGAAUAUUGUCAUAUGGUGUCGCAGCAGAUGCAGUUGAUGAUUACAUACGUAUCGAGGAAAGCACUGCAAUUCAAAGUUUGCAACAAUUUUGUAAUUUAGUGAUUGAAAUCUUUGGCGUAGAAUAUCUGAGAUCUUCGACACCAACUGACAUUGCUAGAUUACUUGCUAUUGGGGAGGUUCGGGGGUUUCCUGGUAAAGCUCCCCCUGUCCAUUACACUAUUAAUGGACAUAGUUACGAUAUAGGUUAUUACUUUGCUGAUGGUAUAUACCCUCAAUGGGCAACACUGGUUCAAACAAUUUCUUCUCCCCAAUGA